AUGACGCUCGACUACAGGGUGACCAUGCCACCUUACGGACUGGAGUUUCGACAAUUCUUCAAGCAGUCUGAUUCCGACCUGUUUAAAGCCCUCUCCGAUCUCAUGGACAUAGUACCAAGUACCAGUGUUGGACUACAUCAGGCAACCGAGAAGAACGAGGCUUUUAUGGAUGGACGCCGCUAUCUGAAGCAAAUGAUCGCUGAUCACUUUACAAGGGUGGACGGCAGCACACAACUGUACAUUGGAAGAGAGAGCGUUUUACCGGGUCUUGGAGCGUGGCCCAUACCUCAUGACGCUCCCUACAAACCUCAGUUGGAUAAACUUAUAUUGUACAUCGUUGAGGCUGGACUAUACGAAAAAUGGAUUGCAGACAUGCUGCUCAAAGCCAGGAGAGAACGUCACAGGAAACAGCGAGAAUACCAAGAAAAGCAAGACCAGGAAGUGGCCGCCAAGCAGGAGGGUUACGUCAAGAGAAAUCAGGCGCUGACACUUGUCCAUAUGCAAGGACCCUUCAUAAUCCUCUUCCUGGGCAUAUCUUUGUCUAGUAUCACGAUUAUGGGAGAGUUAAUAAUAAAGAUCAUUCACAUGAAAAUUCAUUAA